CCUGGCCUCCAAAGUCAACAAAAAUGGAGCAUUAAAUGCUUCUUCGGCAGCCGAGAUUUGGCAACUCAGCCGCAGCUGCCCGAUGGAGGUUAUGAAUGGAAGCCUGGCCCUUUUCUGAAUAGUUACAAGCCUGCGCCUUUCGUCUUCUCUCUUGCGGGUAACGUCUAUGUGCUUUCCACAGGCGUUGAAGACCCUAAAUCUUCCACUUUCGAGGUGCUGAAAUCUAAUAGCAGCAGCUGGGAAGUGCUCCCUCCUCCUCCGUCUGCUUUAUGGAGUCAAAAACACUGCAUAGUCGGGUCCUCUAUCAUUGAUGGUAAGAAGAUCGUUGUGCGUGGCAUGGAUUAUAUAUUUUAUAUUUAUGAUGCCACGGACAAUCAAUGGACCACAAUGCAAUAUCCCUAUGAUCAUCUGCUUAAUAGGACCGGUGACUACUGCCUCCAUGUACAGGACAAUGGUUUCUUGGUAACCGGACCGGGCCAUCCUUUUGUGAUUAAUUGUGGGUCUCAAUCUUUUGAAACCUUUCCAGUAGAUGCUCCAAAUUCUGAAGAGUAUUCUAAGGCACAUGAUUUAGAUAAAGAUUUUCAUAUCUGUCAAUGGAAUUUAUUCCAUUUAAAGGACAAAAAGUUCUUUUUCGUUGUCUUAUGCGCUGAUUAUAUGAAUUAUAAAUCUUAUGCCCGGCUUGGCACUUUUGAUAUGGAUGAUGACUUUGGAUCUGACGUAUCUGAGGCCAAGCAUUUCAAGAUGGCUGGAUAUGGUAAUGUGUCUGAUGCCAAGCGUUUCAAGAUGGCUGGAUACAGUGUUACCAAUAUGAAAUUCAAGUCUAUUGGUUUAGCAGAUUGUAUACGUUUACUGCCUUAUAUGGUCUCCUGUAAAAUAGGGGCGUUUUCUUUAUGCUGA